GACCGGUAUAAUAUUUGUAUAUGUCCGAUGCAGAAGUUACAAGUUCUCAUGGCUUUAUUGGUGAUACAGUGUACAUAAAUAAACGUUUCAUUUUGAGUUUUAUACAAUCUUUUUAAGUGAAUCAACAUGACAGAAGAUAAACUUAACACAGAGGAUCUGUGGACUCAUUACAAAGAGUUACAGAAUCUCAUUACCCGUUACAUUACCUCACCACCAAGUGCUCAUGAUCCACAGUAUCAUGAAUUUACUGAAACGCUCCAGAAACAUAAACAAAAUUUUCUGACACUCCUAAAAAAUCCGGGUAAAAAUGCUAGGAGUCGAGAAGAGAUUCAGAAAGCUGUUACUGAAGCUAUCACACUGCCUGGUUUGGGACACCAAAUAUUGCCUAAGGAACUCGUAGAAGAGACGAUCAUUUUAUCUGACAUGUACAAUCUCAAUGAGUACAUGGUGUUGGAUUUAUUAUGUACAGCCCAAGUUCAAAUGCCAAAUUAUCCAGAGCUUACUAGAGGCCUUACUGCAGUACUAUUAUAUUAUGAUGGCAGAAAGGCACUUACAUCCUCCUUGAGAACUCUUGUUCAGGCUAGAGCAGGGCACAGUUGGAUGCUGGAUACACCAGUUACUUUGACAAAGCAUAUUACAGAGUACACUAAUAUAAUGCAACAGGAAGGUCUUCUGGACAGAGUAAUUAAUUUACUUGAAGAAAUGGAUCCUACGAAGGAACAGGAUUUACUACAACAAAACAGGGCACUAGGUGGAGCAAAGCAUCAUCAUAUGGUGAUGAGUCUCUAUAAUGAUACUAGACAGGAUCUUGCUGAUAUCUUGUAUCUGUGGUCAGCACAGUCUUCUCUACCACGUAACAUAACAUUUCGACUAUUGAACCUUCUACAGACACGACAACCGGAGGCUGAAACUGGCGAUGGUUGUCCUAGCAAAGUUACUAUGGCUUUAAUAAUGGCCAUGUUGAAUACUAUCAACCUAAGUCCUCUGCAUAGUCGAGAAGAUGGCGAGGAAAUAGUAAGAGCUAUGCCUCUCAUCGCAGAACAGGAAAUGCGCGAUGAACUUAUCCACAAACUAACUGCAGAUAACAUCUCCUGGGAGAGUUCUGGACUUCGAGGAGUCAUACAAUUUGCUUUGGCUAUUGCUAUUACUACCCUAAAAUCAGCAACGAAUCUUUGCCAAAAUACAAACAAGGAUGAAGAGCUAUUAACUGAAGCUCUGAAUAAUAAUGCCUUCCAGUUCAUGGCUAAUGUCAUCUUCAAAUGCGAGUCCCUUCAUUAUGAAGAAUUCUAUUUGCGAUACUUUCACACUCUCAUCUCAGACUUCAUUCUUCUGAUGCCACUGAAAGUUAAAGAACUGCGGCACCGGGUUGACGAAUCUAUGAGACAGAUACAAGCUUUCCAGCAGCAGAGAAUAGAUCCUCCUAUGAACCUAGACCGUCACUUCGAGUACCUAAUGCUCAUGGUAGCAGAAUUGUACAAACACGAUCCACUCAAGUUGAAUCUGGCCAUGGAUUACUGGUGCCAGCACACAGACUCCUCGCACGUGCCUACUUCACUAUACUCUGGAAAACUUCCAUCUAGACAAGUCGCACUAUUUAAGUUCAUACGUCUUGCCGGCGAAGUCCUUCCACCGGGACUGUACGUGCCUUACUUAAAAAUGUUAGCAUCCCUGGCAUCUUCAACACCGGCCGCUAGACAAGCUUUUAAUUUCCUCAAACCAAACGGAUCCAGUUCAAUGACACUAUCGUGGGAUCAUUUUUUCUCAUCAUUACAUCAAUAUUAUUUUUAUUUGAGGCAAGAAUUACCACCGAGUCAGGAUACUGUGUAUAGACAAAGGAGUCAUCCCAAAGGAAUAGGACCUGAGGAGGUAAAACGACUGGAAGCCGUUUUACUAGUAGUUCAGGUUGUUGCAAAAUAUGAUGAAAUAUCCAGGGUGGCUAUAUGCGACCAUCCUGGAUGGAAAGUUUUGCCGUCAUUAACUGGCUUGAUCUGUUGUGCCAUGCCAAUUCCACUAAAAGGAAUCCUGGUACAGACUCUAGCUGCCCUUGCUAAAUCACCGGAGAGUUCAUCGACCGUCUGGCAAAGUCUUGAAGCUGCACAGAUUCUGCCAACGAUACCGACGACGAGUAGCUAUCAGCCAAGAGGUGUUCAAACGGAAUUGGAGGAAAUUGAAUCCAGGAACGAGGAAUAUCCCUUGACGAGGGCUAUGCUAGAACUUCUAGAUGUCCUUACGGAUUUUCCAAUUCCACGAUUACUCGGAGUGGGUCAAAGAAAUCCUGGAUUCGAUCCGUAUCUUCAAUUCAUUAUAAACUCAGUCUUCUUGAGAUUUAAUACACGCUGUUAUAAGAAUCCUGCUGAGAAGUGGGAAGUUUCUAAAGCUUGUUUGAAGAUAUUCCUAAAACUAAUAAACCAAUAUGAACCAAACGAGGAGGACUUCAGAGGUUGUAAAAUAGAACUUCAGGGUGGCGAAUCCACUAUGGUUAAUCCAACACCAGGUCACCAUCUGAUGACACAGUUACAUUCUAAUUCGGAAUUGCUCCAUGUGAUCCUCUACAUUCUUGAUGAGGGUUGUCAUCAUUUAGAUACGUACGACUCAUUCCCUGGUAAGAAGCAUUUGGAGAAUAGUACGUUGCACUGCCUUGAAAUUAUUGAACGUGCUCUGGCUAUGCAGCACAAUUACAUGGCACAAUUGGCUGCUUCAAAUUCAGCUACUAAGAUCUUAACUGGACUAUCACGUCUCCUUAUGGGAGUUAAUCCCAGAACUGGAAAACCGGAUCACAUGAUAAAUAUUGCCAAGUAUAUUUCUUACAACUCGUGGCUUCGACAGCAUGCAUAUGUAGGAGUUGGCAUAAUACAAGCUGUCGCAAAUGAACCUGGUGCAGAUUCUGAAUUGCUCUCGACCUUCACCUCUACGUCAUCUCUAACCACAUCGAUACGACAUGGUUUUGUGGAGUGUUUGGAUGCUGACGAUAAUUACGAGUACGAUGAUGAUGCUACUGAGGAGCGACAACAAGUUGGAAAUUGCAAAUUGAGAAUACUCUCUUUUAUGAUGCAAAGUAUAACACGACCACCACCGAACAUAUCACAUUACCUCUUAGGAUUUGACAUCAGCAAGGACAUUAGGAAAACAGUAAUACAACAACCAGGAAUGUUGAAUUUUCCCCGCACUUGCCUGCACUCCAUCCUCGCUAUCUUGGAACUCUCCUUGGAACGUGGACGUGAUAAAAUCACAGAAUCUUGCUAUUGGUUUCUUCACAUCCUGGCGGCAAAUAACAAGACUUCUUCAUCAGUUCUGCGGUUCCUAAGGACAGCAACCAACCAGGAUUUCGUUCAACGUCACUUGUCUAAAUUACCAUUUCAGGGUCCUAACAGAGCCACUGAAUUGACUUGUAUGUCCUGGCUACUGAAAAUAGCAGCAAUAGAAUUGCGAGUUGCUGGGGGAAGUUUGCAGAACUCUUUGGUACAGAGACUAGUAGGUAACUUGGGAUUGGAGAGAGAUCAGAUCGUACCUUCGCAGAAGCUACUCAUGGAUCUCUUGCACUACAUAGACUUUCAACUGGAAUUAGAUCCUCCCAAAUCUUGGGAGUACUUUGAUCCAUCUCAAGUUGAAAUGGUUCUUGGUCGCUGCAGUGUCCCUGUUACUUUGAGUGUUGGACCGCAGCUCAUAGAUAUUCGUCGACUUCACGCUCUUAUUACAGAAGAACUGGCUGUUACUCAGACUAGCGCUACGGCAACGCAACGUAAACUGAUGCAGCAGGAACUUCAAUCCAUAUUGGCUUAUGCACUUAAGAGAAAUCAAACGAAAACGCUGUCAUAUGCCACAGUAAAAUUUGUCGAGGGCUGGUGUCAGGCUACAGAGAUUCUCUUCUCUGUAGCUACAAAUCAACAGUUACCCCCGUCACAAAGGCAAAAUCUCCUGCUGAAUCUAUCUCAUGAUUUACUCCAGAAGAUGACAUCCUGCGAGGCACUUAACGAGAUCAAGACUCUGGUCUCCGGUACUGUUCUUAUACUCCUGGUGAAUUUACGCAAUAGUUUUGCCAUGCAAUCUGAUGAUGAAUUAUUGCCAUCCUCUCCAUCAAAUACGACCAUGAUGAAAAUCAUUCUAAGACACAUUUUACAAUGGAUUUUGAAUUCUGGAGCAUCAUCGCAAACUGUCAGGACGCAUCUCUACGGAGCUUUCUUGAACUUCUUGUGUGUGGUGGGAUUAGAACGACCGGAAGCUGGGAAUUCUAUAGAUUCCAUGUACGUUACUCAACUAGACAGCACCUUCUACAGGGCGCCGACACUCCAGGAACGUUCUCAUCGUUAUGCAACAAUACAAGUAAUAAACAGUUUUGGCGAUAAACUAAUGGAUAUUCUGUGUCAUAAUUGUUCUGGUGGCCACGACGUCUGCAAGAUGCUGGCACUCUCUUGCUUAGAUAAAAUACUUGAAUUAGACUGUGACAAUUCCUGGGUAAUCUAUAUGUCGAGCAGAGGAUACCUUAAACAUAUGAUAGACAGUUUAUUGGAAUCUGAUAAUCUGUUGCGCUGUAUCUUACAACCGGAACCGGAUACUCUGAGACCAUUAUAUUUAUACGAGGCAAAAAUGGCAACGCUUUGUAGAAUGGCAUCGACAAGACUCGGUGCUGAGACUCUUCUUGAGAACAAAGCGCUCUCAUGUAUCUCUAGCAUGUCUGUAUUUGACAAGCAUCCCGAUGUUCAUGUUGGAUUUGAAGCUGGUGACGCUUCUCUGAUUCCUUCAGUCGGCCAGCGAUAUCAACAGGUUUUCUUGCCUGCACUUUAUAUCUGUGAUGCUCUGCUUACUACCCUUGGCACAGAAAAUCAAUCAUGUGCCAUUCAAGUCUGUGGUUUUUUACACAGCCAUAGAGACACAGUUGAAAUGGCUCUAAGAAAUGCUUCACCACGUUCCAACGUUUACUUCCUUAAGGAAGUAGCCUGCCUCACAGGUGUUAUCGCAAGAUCUGCUAAUAUCGAUAUGUAUAAACUCGUGGAUGAGGAACUUAUAAAGGCGGAUUCAAAUGUCCAUAAGAUGGAAGAUAGUACAGGAAUGAGAGAACUUCGUGCACAUCUCUAUAGAUUGCAAAAACUCAUGCUUUCUUUGUUGCCCAAAUUUGAACCACAACCUGCGCCUAUAACUUUGGCUCACCAGGAAUCCGACGAAGGGGAACAACAUUCUUGCUCAAUACAGAUAGCUGCCAAUGUGAUGCUUUAUGCACGCAAUCAAAUGGAGCACAGCAGAAUGGAUCAGAAAAUCAGGAAUAGCCUCUUUGAACCCUACCUGACACCACGGCUUGGAGGUCAAGAAAAUAGACCACGUGAUACUGGUGGUAUUUAUCUUGGUGCAGUGGUAGAUCAACUAGUGUCUUCGACAUCUCUACUGUAUUCUGAAAUUCCAUACAUUGACACCCUUAUCAAGAACUCAGCUAUAGUCAAAGACAUGAGCAUCAUUGAUCUCAAAAAGUACUUGACUGAGGAAGAAUUGGAACUCGAUAUGGUAAAGCAACGUUUGAUUGUCGAACGCAGAUUAGCACGACGAGCAAAGGAUAAACGUAGAGAUAUAAAAUACUGUUCACUGAUAGUGGAACACAGUCUAUACAUUCUAUGGAGCCAUUUAGAUUUUUACACAAUGCAGGCAGCCUCGAGAUACAACAGGCUACAAGUGUCUGCUGGAGGAAUGGAUGACAGUAUGGGCGAAUGGAGAAUAUCGGGAGAGGUGUUGUCGGAUUUGAAGCAAGGUCUCGUGUCAAUGAUGAAUGAUAGCUUUAUCACACAACUACUGGAUACUUCCAGCGAAUACACUACUACUGAACGCAGUUUUUUGGAAGCGUUAGUGAGACGAAUUAAAAGAUUGUUACAGUUUAUUGUCGUGAAAUAAUUCCGCUUGCUCAAAUAAUCAUUCGAUCUGGAAUCAUUUGAUAUCGGAUCCGAGUAGACGGUUAUUUCAAUGUUUAUAAAUAAAUUGUUUCAUUCAAAA